GAUAAAUUCACAGGGAAGGAAAGAAGAAAAAGACCCGAAUGCGAAAAAAAGCCCUAAAUCGAAGCACACAAUCUUCAGCUAAUAAUCUCUCCAAUUUCCAAUACACCCUAAAUUGAAGCCAUGGCAGGAAGAGAAGUUCGAGAAUACACCAAUCUCACCGAUCCUAAAGAUAAGAAAUUCGGUAAAGGGAAGGAUAAGAUAGAUGACGAGGAGGUCACUUUCCAACGCAUGGUUUCCAAGAUGCAAGAGGUUGCUGGGGAACGUGGAGGUUACCUUCAUGGAAGAGGCGCCCUGGAUAGCGAUGACUUGCUUUACCUCAAGGAGCAGAUGGAAGCCGAGGAAGAUGCUGAACGCCUUCUGCGACGUACGGAAAAACGUGCAUUUCAAGCAUUCAAGAAAGCUGUUGCUGAUUCUUCACCUGCAUCUAUUCCCCUGCCACUUCGUGUUGAGCCCAAGCCAAAAAGUGGGAUCAGGCAGCAAGAUGUACUAAAAAGGGUUUUAGAAGUCAAGCCUAAGAAGCAGAAAGUUUCUAGAGGGUCUGAUGGGAGUAAUUCCAUCUCAAGUACACAGGCUAUUCCUAGUAGCAACUCUGAUUCCAAUCAGGAGAAGCAGAAAGAUAUCUUGCCAGCUAAACCAAAUGACACUGGAAAUGAAACAAAGGUAGAUAAUCCGAUAAAAAGCUUGGUAGCAGCAUAUGAGAGUUCAGAUGAUGAAGAUUGAUUUUGUAUGGAUAUUGACGAAUGAUUCUAAUUAGAUCAUAGUGUUUUAAUCACUCAAAUAUCCUUAGCACUAGUUAUGUGGCCAUUUUGAUCAAGGAUCCAUUGAGCAUGCCUGCGUGCUGAGGCCUAAAUCUUCUUACCCUGAAUUAGCUGACGAGUGAAUAUCCACAAACUGUAUGUUGUAAUUUUACAUAGUUGAGA